UUUCAACUCAAGAGAAGAGAUUGUGUUGGGAGUAAUUCUUACUCAACUUAUUGGGAGUGAUUCUAACUGAACGGAAGAGAUUCUGUUGAGAGUGAUUCUAACUCAACGGAAGAGAUUGUGUUAGGAGUACUUCUAAUUGAACAGAAGAGGAGAGAUUGUGUUAGGAGUACUUCUAAUUGAACAGAAGAGGAGAGAUUGUGUUGGGAGUAAUUCUAACUGGACGGAAGAGGAGAGAUUGUGUUGGGAGUAAUUCUAACUGGACGGAAGAGGAGAGAUUGUGUUGGGAGUAAUUCUAAUUGAACGGAAGAUAAGUGAUUGUGUUGGGAGUAAUUCUAAUUGAACGGAAGACGAGAGAUUGUAUUGAGAGUAAUUGAUUGAGAAACAGAUUGAAAUACGUUAAAUUGGUCCAAUUUUGAUGUUUGAUUGUUAAUAUUCAUGGAACAGGAAAACUGGUAAUAAGGACUUCCGUGGAGAUAGUUGAUUGUUGUUCUCCGUCAGAUAUACAGGAAUUUGGAUAGAGAUGUAAAAGGGAUUGUCUUCCGGUCAGGGAAACAUCUUAGGAGAGCAAUUGAAUAGUUGGACAUUAGGUGGAGGUAAUCCUAAAUCAAGAGAAAUAUUGAAUCAUGUGAUCGUGGAAUUUGUGAACCAGUCAAAAUGAUGUUUUCUGGUUUGGUUGAGUUUGUGAUGUCAUAAGAGUUAUGUUCGCCUGUGAGAAUAACUCUUUAUGCCACAAACUAACAGUUUGCCCAGCAAGAUGGUCGGCAACAGUGGGGGCGUUAAACGUGCUUCACGUACUACCAACCGAGCUGUAACAAUACCAUUAGAUACUAUGAAACAUGCCAACUGCAUUGAUCCUAAAGAGAGGCUUUUCUUAGACGCUGCUGAAAAGGGAGAUAAACACACGAUGAUGCGAUUACUUCAGGGCAGUAAUCCCGUAAAUGUAAACUGUACUAACAUGCUGGGUAGGUCAGCCAUUCAAAUCGCCGUCGACAACGAAAAUACCGAAAUUGUUGAGUUAUUAUUAAAGGAGGAUGGUGUGCGUAUCGGUGAUGCAUUGCUGUACGCAAUUCGCGAAGGUGUUUAUAGGAUUGUUGAAAUGAUUAUCGAACAUCCCACAAUUCAACGGGAUAUGUUAGGCACGGAGUGGUCGAAAACACGACACAUGGACGAAGAAAGUUUUGAUUACUCUCCAGAUAUUUCACCUGUUAUUUUAGCGGCACAUUGUAAUCAGUUUGAAAUUUUACAGCUUUUGUUGUUGCACGGGGCCACGAUUGAUAGGCCACAUCAGUUAUCCUGCUCGUGUAAACGGUGCCAGGCACAGGUGCAUGCCGACAGUUUACGGCACUCCUUGCUGAGAAUCAACACAUAUCGUGCUUUAGCCAGUCCGGCUUGGAUCUCACUGACAAGUCCAGAUCCAGUUUUAGCGGCUUUCAAAUUAUCAUGGGAAUUAGAAAAAUUAGCACUACGAGAGAACGAAUUUAAAGACUCCUACCUCCAGUUGGGGCAUCAGGUGAAGAAGUAUGCGUGUGAUUUGUUGGGUCAGUGUCGAAGUAGCGAGGAAGUUAUCGCUGUUUUAAAUAAAACAAACGAUUCUGACGCAGAAGAUGAAGAAGAACAAGAUGGAGACAAGUUAACAUUAUCAAGAUUAAAACUGGCUUUAAAAUAUGAACAAAAACAGUUUGUAGCUCACCCUCACUGCCAGCAACUACUAACAUCGAUAUGGUAUGAAGGAUUACCGGGAUGGAGAAAACGAAAUGGUUUUACCAAAUUCUUAAUCUGCACAGGCCUCAUCCUCUUACUGCCCUUCAUGUCUGUUUAUUACUGGAUAUUCCCACGUAGUAAAAUAGGUCAGUUGUUACGCAGUCCGUUCAUGAAGUUCCUGUAUCACAGUGCAUCAUUUGGCGUAUUUCUGUUUCUGUUGGUGUGUGCUUCAACGGACAUCAGCAACGCCCCCCGACGUGAGAUGUUCCGCGGACCUGCUCCAUCAGAAUUAGAAUGGUUAAUUGUAUUGUGGGUAACUGGGUUUAUUUGGGGUGAGUGUAAACAGUUGUGGGAAGAAGGUUUACGGGCUUAUAUCAGACAAUGGUGGAACUGGUUAGAUUUCAUCAUGUUGUCGUUAUAUCUAGCGACCUUCUCCCUACGAUUCGUUGCUUAUCUACAAAUAGAAUCUGGCCUUUAUGGACCCCGUGAAAUGGCAAGAAAGGACUGGCCCACUAACGACCCUACGUUGAUCUCAGAAGGAUUAUUUGCCGUAGCAAAUAUAUUUAGUUUCGCCCGUAUUAUAUUUUUGUUUCAAGCUAAUCAGCAUUUAGGACCGUUGCAGAUUUCUCUCGGCUGUAUGUUGAUAGACAUUGUUAAGUUUUUGUUUAUAUUUUUUCUGGUGUUGACAUCAUUCGCGUGUGGAUUAAACCAGUUGUAUUAUUAUUAUAAACCGACACAGACGGAUGAGAAUGAUUCUUUCUUUACGUUAGGUGCUAGUUACAUGACUUUAUUUUGGUCCAUGUUUAGUUUGACUCCGCCCAAAGAAAUAGAAAUUAAAGAUGGUCAUAAUUUUACGAUGAUGAUAGGAGAGUUUAUGUUCAUGGCUUAUCACGGAAUGGCGAUUAUUGUUCUGUUAAACAUGUUAAUAGCCAUGAUGUCCAGUUCCUUUCAAGAUAUAGAGAAUCAUUGCGAUAUGGAGUGGAAGUUUUCCCGUUCAAAACUGUGGAUUGGUUAUUUUGACGAGGGUUCAACCCUGCCGCCACCUUUCAAUCUGUUUAUCAGUCCCAAGUCUAUCUACUAUCUUUACUGUCGCUUUAAGCGAUGUUUUUGUAGCUGUUUUUAUCGGAAUCAGACUAGCGGCGGACCCAACCGUAAAACAUCUGAGGGAACUAUUCGGUCUCGUCGAACUGUGGAACCAUCAGAUAAUUAUAUAUUUAAGGUGAGAAUCUGUUCAUUGAUACAUGUCUAAUAUAAGGUCUUCAAGUCCAUAUAAGGGCAUCACAUCUAUA